UAAAGGAAUUUGACAUUCUGCCAGUCAAGUCAGCUGAACAAUGCAUUUUAUUUAUUUAUCGUAAAAACUAAAUUCUAAUUAGAAUCUUGAUCCCAUUGUUGUUUAUUCACUUCUCGAUAUUACAAAUGUAAAAUUCUAUAUUCAAAUUCACAUUGUGCGUGUUUGUGUUGUGUGUGCUCUGUGCAUUGGUUCCAUUGUUUUUUUUUUCUCGCAAGAAUUUGUUAAAAAAUGUUUGGAAGGCCGAGGUGUCGAGAGUGGACUCCGCUUGCUACCCAACAACUGCGUCUUCGAAGCUUGAUUCAGAUUGUGGGCUACAAUAUAAGGCCGCCUGAGUGGUGCACAUCCCCAUGCAGUUUCUACUUAACCCUGCAUCACACGACAAUGUCAGCACCAUUCUAUACAAGUGAGAGGAUUUGCUCGCCACAUCCUAAGUGGAAGGAAAUCGACUCAGAAUCAACGCAACGUAUGUCGUCAACAAAUGUCGUCAUACGAAUUUGGUGUCAUAUCAUACAUACCAACGAAGAAAAUAAUAAACCACCACAAGACACCGUCAUUCAAACAUGGGGGGUCUACUUCAGUGGUCUAAGAUAUAUCGGGGCAAAUCUAGCCUCGAAUUUUACCUCAGACUGCUUCAAAUGUAACACUUUAGUCCUACAAAUGCAUGGAGGAUACUUCUGCUCAUACAAAAGUCUUAAAUUAGAUGUGAUACCACCAGAAAAUGAAAUAGAACACGGUUCGUUGUCUUCAGACUCUUCUGAAAGGACCAAUCUUUCAAAAAUCAAUUUAGAUGCUAAACAUAUAUUGAGUAAUAAGCUAGGAAAAGAAUCGAGGUCCAUUUCUCCUAAUAAAUUUUCUAAGAAGGCUGAUAAAGAGUAUUCGAAGAGUCACAGUCCAAUAGAGAGGGGUUUUCAUCAAAAUUUUCCAACUUUAAGAACAUCAGCUAGCUUAAAUAUUGGGCAAAGUCAAAGAGACUAUUACAGGCGAAGGGAAGAAGAUUCAGAUCAAGCGAAAGGCGAUCCAAAGCCACCGAAUCACAUAUACGAACAUUCGCCUGACAAUUUAGACGUUAAAGAGUAUGCAAGCGUAAACUGUGAUAUUGCGUUCAAGAACGCGUCUAAAGAAGAUUUAUCUUGUAACAUAGACUUAAGUGAAACAGCAGAGAACUACGACUUGAGAAACGAAGCCGAUGGGGUUCCUAAGUAUAGAUAUUUGGCUCUCAACUUUCUUAAGUCUGAAAUAAGACCAAGUUACAACGCGACGAAGUUGCAAAAGCUACAUUUGUUGCAAUAUUCUAUCAAGAAGAGACAAGAGGCUGUUCAGGAGAUCAAGGAGAGGAUUUAUAAGAAGUCUGCCUUAACGAACGAUGAUUGGCCGACUUUAGACGAGUAUUGUGAUAUCAGACUAAAGUUCAAGAGUAGAUCUCAAAGGAAUUUGUUCUCCUCGGAUGAUAGUGAUAGCUUAAGUAAGGAUAAGUCUUCGUCACAAAGCGAUCUGAGUGUGAAGAAUGGAAAGAUUAAAGAGGAUCGGCCUGUUGUGUCCAAUGGACCGAGGUUAACCCUGAAACUGAAUGAUCUCUUAUCUUUUAAGGCAAAACCAUCACCCUUCCAGAGGGCAGAACAUGUAAGGCUGACAAAACAACUGGAGAUUUUACGAUUCAAGCGGAUUAUACUAUCGGAUGAAAGAGAUAGCAAGCUCACAAACAUAAGGAAACUGAAAGAGAGGCAUGCUAAACUGUUUGAAGAGAACCAGGAUGUCGGUGAGUGGACAGAACUGAUGCAGAAUUACCAUUCUCUAUCCCGUCGCAAUGAGAGUGUGAAGGAGACGCGCCAAGCGUGUGGCGCGAUACGUGAGCUGGCUGCAUCAUCCCACCAUGCUUUGUGCACGCAAAGGACUGAACUACUCAAACAGUUGCAUCAAAUAUUUUAUAUUGAACAGAAAGACUAUACAACCUGGACUAUAUGCGGGGUUCCGUUACCAGUGUGUGGUGAUGAGAGUCCUCGAGGAACUCCCCUCAGUGACUCAGUGGCGGCUGGGUUUGUGGCCCAAGCCACUUGUUUGUCCGCCUCACUGCUAAACCAGCCACUGAGAUACAAAAUAACGCUUUUGGGAUCAGCUAGCAAGAUACUGGAUGUCACUCCUGAUUUACCUGAUCCGAACAUACCACUAUUUCCACGCGGCGGCGACACGACAUUAUUCCGCUACGGUUUGUUCCUCCUCAACAAGUGUAUAGGACAGCUCGUGGUCGGCCGAGGGCUACCGUUAUCAGACAUACGGCCUACUCUCUCCAAUCUACAGAGAUUACUCACUACUCCUGCUAGCAUGUCGGACACUACAAAGUUGUAUGGCACGUACAGAUGGCUGGUGGAUAGCCAAUGUCCUCGUACUCAAUCGCUAAGGAGUCUUGUUGCUACUGAGAGGUGCAAAUAUAGACAGUUUAACAGGUUUAAGGACGCCGUAGACGGCCAGUCUCCACAGUCAGCGAUGAACAAGAGACACAGGCAUUCACGUAGCGUGGGCAGUUAUCAGGACGAUCAGGAGCUGCCAACAUUAGAAGACUCAACAACAUCAAUAAUGGGAAGCGAACCAAACAUAUACAACAUGAAACUAAAACAAGACGACAACAUAGACACACAAGGUCUAAAAUCCCAUAACUCAGAUUCCGAAAUAUUAAGAUUUAACACCGAACAAAGUGAAUCAAAGGUCCUGUUUACAUUAGGCGAUGAAUCAACAAUCGACCUUAAUGGUACUCUAGUUCGAAUGUCUACUAACAAUCAGGAUGAAAUGGGUGAGAGUGUAAAGAAAAUUUGUUCAGAAAUAAGUGAUUUUUGUUCGACUGAGAGAGUUCAUGAAGGGUUAGAUAUCGCUAAGCAUUUAAGUGAUGAUAAUAUUAAUAUAGCUGAAUAUUUGGAGAUUAAGAGCAGUGUUGAUGAUUGUGAUCCAACCUGCGCUGAGGUUAUCGUCAUACCUAGCGCGGAGGCCAUCUUGGAUACGGGACAAGAGGUUAAAGAGCUUGAGGCGGAAGAAAAAUAAAUAAAAAGAGCUGUUGGUUGAAAUUGAACCUUAGACCUAUGGACUAUCUUGGGUUGUACAAAGUAAAUGUAUGUGGUAUGCUCGGCUCCUAUUGAUCGCAGCGUGAUGUUUUAUAGUCUUCCUCGAUAAAUUGACUAUUGAACAAAACAAUUAUUAUCCAAUUUAGACCAGUAGUUCCAGAGAUUAGCGCGUUCAUAUAAACAAACAAAAUCUUCAGCUUUAUAUAAUAGUAUAAAAAGUAUAAGAUAAUACUUUGUCCAAUUUUCUACCUAAAUCCAACAUAUUAGGAUCGAUAGUCGAAUGAAGCAUAAAAAUAUGGAAAAUUCUAAUUAAAAAAAAGGUUACAAUUUCAACCAAUAGCAUGUCUUGUAAAUAAUUAGUUUUUGUAUGAUCGUUCUAAUAGAAGUUAUUUAUAUAAACUUCAUUAUUAUACUUACGCCCGAAUACUCAAACGUUACUCAAUUUUAAGUGGUACUUAAAUAUCGUGCUAUCUCUUUCAUUUAUAAAGAAUUUGUAGAGACAGAACUAUAUUUGAGAGCGUCUUAAAAAUGAAUGAAUGACGUUUGAGUAUUUGACCAUUAAUCCCUUGUAUUGUUAACGGAUUGAAUAAUAUAUCAAAUUAAAUUAAAUACAUAAAUUAUUGUGUGAUUCUUGUUUCAUGGUUAUUUGUUAAUCUCAGAUUGUUUUGUUAAAAUAGGGAUGGGAUGAAGAGAUAUCGAUAGUUCAGGUUUUGAAGCAUGACUAGUAGAUAAUUUAGGUUAUACUUGUGUAUCCAAACGUAUUUCUGUCGUUACAGUGACCCUUUAAAAUAUAGAUAGAAAUUGCUUAUGCAUUUUCUGUGAAGCCGAUUUUUUUCUUGUGACCAUAAUCUUGGAAUCAAUAUCACAUCCAUUAAUUUUGUUAUAAUAUAGAUCAUUUUUAUAUUUAACUAGCUUCUCCCAGCGGCUUCGCCCACAAUCCCGUGGGAUAAAAAGUAUCCUAUUACCGAAGUCAGCUCAUACCCUAUCUGUAUACCAAAUAUCAUCAAAAUCCGUUCUGUAGUUUCAGCGUUAUUGACGGAUAAACAUCCAAACAAAGAAUUUUUCAUAUUUAUAAUAUUAAUGUGGAUACAUAUUAGAACUUAAAAAAAAUAUGAUUAACUUCAAUGAAAUGAAGUCAUAUCGUGCCGUUCCCAAAUAACAUAGAAAGGGGCAAUAGCAUGAAAAUAAAAACUUUUCGAAUGAUACUCGAGGCGCCAAAUGAUUUUUAGUAAUUACUACUUACUUUAAUUGCUUUUUUUUAAUUUAAGAACUCAAAUCGAUUAUCGAUAUGCUCAUAUUAAAGUCUCAUCGAAAAAUGUAUCGAUAUUGAUGGGUUGGCAACAUGUAGAGCAUUUCGUUAGUUUGAAAUAAAAUAAUAAAUUGUAGAAAAAAUAAAAACCAUACUAGUUGAGCCAUUUAUAAUGCUAUGGGCACAAAUUUAGACUGAACAAAUAAGGAUUUGAAAUUUUAGCUCAACUCUGAUAUCAAACCCAAAACCGAUGCUCAUUAAUACCACUUAGACUAAAAGCAGUCAAGUCUAGAAUCCUAAUUAUAAAUCUAGAAUAUUCAGAAUCGAAUGAACUAAAAAAAUGGUUGUCUCUAACUCGCCAAGUUUAUUCUUAAUUUUAUCGAUACAAUUUUUUCUAUCGAUAAGUAUUCGAAUCGAUAUUCUUCGAUGUACAUCACUAAUGUUAAAUGUUUGUAUUUAACAAAUAGUUUGGUAGGUACACCGUGCCUAAGUAACGAUAAAAUAAAAUAAAAUAUUUAAGAAAUACCUAUGUGUUUGUAAAUUGUAAAUAAUGAAUUAUUAUGUAUGGGAUACCUACUUGUACUUGCGUCUUUCAUAAUCGGCUGUUGUUAUAAUUAAAUAUUUAUUUGAUAUCUCAA